CUGAAAUGCCGAAAAUAAACAUCGUUUCCCCCACCUGGGUACACCUUCUAUCCAAUGUGAUGCGUUCGUAGAGGUUUGCCAAAUGAGUCUCGAAUAUCCCUUCAGAAAUAAACCGACUAGUCGGCGUCCUUAGCUGCACGCGAUCACGGUACGGAAGAGGAGAAGUACCGUGAUCGGUAACGAUUACUAUUAAUUCGUUUCCGAUCUGUCAGAUUUUAAAGCACUAUGGCCUCACAUGUUCGAAGACUGGCAGUUAGUGGACUGGCUUUUGGAGCUGGAGCAUACGCUGUUACGACCUUUCUUAAAGAAAAUGAUUUGAAUGUACAAGCUGCUGAAGUGAAAAACAAACCGCGAGCAAAAAGACACCUGCCACCACGAGCAGAUCAAAUUAAGUCAUUGCAGUCUGAAGAUUUUGAUGUACUAAUAAUUGGCGGUGGUGCUACCGGCUCGGGUUGUGCACUGGAUGCUGUUACUAGAGGUCUGAAGACAGCACUGGUGGAAGCUGAUGACUUCGCUUGCGGCACAAGUAGCCGCAGUACGAAACUAAUUCAUGGCGGUGUUCGGUAUCUGCAAAAGGCCAUUAUGAAUUUUGACAUUGAGCAGUAUCGUAUGGUAAAAGAAGCCCUCCAUGAGAGAGCUAACAUGUUACAUUCAGCACCACAUUUAACUCGACCACUACCAAUUAUGUUACCAGUGUACACGUAUUGGGAAAUUCCAUACUAUUGGUUUGGCAUCAAAAUGUACGACUUCGUUGCUGGGACAAAAACUGUUAAGAGUUCAUACUAUCUGUCAAAAUCUAAUGCACUUGAGCUGUUCCCAAUGCUGCAGGGAGACAAGCUACGUGGAGCUAUCGUAUAUUAUGAUGGCCAACAAGAUGAUGCACGCAUGAAUCUGGCAAUAGCUCUGACGGCCACAAGACAUGGAGCAACAGUGGCAAAUCAUGUUCGUGUGACAAGCCUUUUGAAAGACAAAGACAAAGAUGGGAAAGAAAUUCUGUGUGGGGCUCAUUUGAAAGAUGAACUGACUGGUCAAGAAUGGGAUGUGAAAGCAAAAUGCAUAAUUAAUGCUACAGGGCCAUUUACGGACCAUAUACGAAAGAUGGCUGAUGCUAAGGCAAAAGAAAUAUGCUGCCCUAGCUCGGGGGUUCACAUUGUGCUUCCCGGUUAUUAUAGUCCAGAUCAGAUGGGUCUCUUGGAUCCCAAUACUUCUGAUGGACGUGUCAUUUUUUUCCUCCCAUGGCAAAAGCAUACAAUAGCAGGAACAACUGACCUGCCAUGCCAGGUCACAGCACAUCCCAAGCCAACUGAGGAUGAAAUCAUGUUCAUAUUGGAAGAAGUGAAGAAUUACCUUAAUCCUGAUGUGGAAGUGAGAAGAGGAGAUGUUCUAUCAGCUUGGAGUGGAAUAAGGCCACUGGUAUCGGACCCAAACAAGGAAGACACACAGUCAUUGGCAAGAAAUCACAUAAUUCAUGUCAGUGACAAUAAGCUUGUGACAAUUGCUGGAGGAAAAUGGACAACUUACAGAGCAAUGGCUGAACAUACAAUUGAUGCAGCUAUUAAAGCAUGCAAUCUGAAGCCAGUUCACGAGAAGUCUCAAACUGAUGGACUGCUCAUUGAGGGAGCUCAUGGAUGGACGCCUACCAUGUACAUUAGACUUGUGCAGGACUUUGGUCUUGAAUGUGAAGUUGCUCAACAUCUUGCUAAUUCCUAUGGUGACCGAGCCUUCGCAGUUGCAAAGUUGGCAUCCCUCACAGGGAAACGGUGGCCUAUUAUUGGGAAGAAGGUACACCCGGAGUUUCCUUACAUUGAUGCAGAGAUCCGAUAUGCAGUAAGAGAAUACGCUUGCUGUGCUGUUGAUGUGAUUGCAAGACGGCUGCGGUUAGCUUUCCUCAAUGUCCAGGCUGCUCAGGAAGCUCUCCCUGGUAUUGUUGACAUUAUGGCAGAAGAAUUAAAGUGGGAUGAAAAAAAGAAAAAGGAGGAAAUAGCACUUGCCUCAGAAUUCCUUGCAAAUGAGAUGGGCCAGAUGGUGAACAGAGCUUCAAGAGACAAAUUACCUAUCAAUCUUAGUAAAGAAGAAAUUCAAACAUACAUAAAGAGAUUCCAGAUAAUUGAUAAAGAUCGUAAGGGAUAUGUCUCGAUCAAUGACAUCAGACGAGGACUGAAGAAAUUUGGUGAGGAGGUUUCGGGUGAAGAGCUUCACGAAAUCCUUAGAGAGAUCGACACAAAUAUGAAUGGCCAAGUAGAGUUGGAUGAAUAUUUGCAGAUGAUGUCUGCUAUCAAGUCUGGACAUGUAACAUACUCUCGUUUUGCUCGAAUGGCAGAAAUGGAAGAAGAGCACCACGAACGAGAACGUCUAAAGAAACAGAUUUCAGUGGAGCGCAGUGGAGGAGGGCUGUAAUGAUGUGUAAUUUUUUCUAAUUGUUUAUAUGGCUUUAACGCUGCUUAUAGUAGCGACAAAUGUCUGACAAAUGCACUUUUCUCCUCUUCCUAUCAUACAGAGGAAACCUUAUUUAUUAAAAAAAACUAUACGAAGAAAUAACACUCAGUUUUUAAGGUGAAAUUUAUAAGUAAGUUCAGGUUUUGAGCUCUUUAAUUUUGAGAGUUUAAAUGUGUUAAUACUCAAGAGUUUAUUGAGUUAUGCUGUGUGAAGAGACUAUGUAAAUAAGCUACUGUGGCUAAAAGACAAGUUUCGUAAUCAUAAGUAUUUAUAUAAAUGCAAACACUAAAGUGUGUCUGUAACUUAUAUUUUUGUACAUAUGCAGGAUCUGAUAUUUUGUCACCAUCUAAAUGUAUGAUUUUCGUGAAGAAUCAAACUAUUUUGGCAGCAUUUAUUUGCUAUUCUCAUUUUCAGUUGACAUAAAUACAUCAUAAGUUUGCUAUUACUGAGUAUGAAAUUUGCCUGUUAACAGACAUUAACUUAAAAAACAACUGAGUACUUCUUAUAAGAUAAAUAACUUGUUUAUCUACAUUUCUCAUGCUAAAAACAUGGAAGACUCUAGUGCUUAUUGUGAAAGUAUUCACAAUAACUGUUUCAUAGACACAUCUACACAUUGCAGCACCAGAGCAGUACGUGUUUGAAACAGCAUCUCCAUUGCUGUCAGCUUAAUAUUGUAAAUUAUGUACUGUCCUUAGAGGCAUGUAAUAAUCUCUGUUUACAGUUAAUUACAAAUUUCUAUAUUUUUCAAUUGAUUUUUUGAGAGCUAUUAGAAAAUAUGUGCUGAAAGAAAUAUUUUAGCAAGUACUAUAUUCAUGGCAGUAUAUGCUGUUUAUUUAAAUAAGAUGCUUAAAGCAAAUCCUAAUAAGCCAGACUAAACUGUGUAACACAGAGUUUUUUAUAGCUUUUUCAUGUAAAAAAUAAUAUUUUGUAUAGUAUACUGUGUUUACAUAUUGCAUACUGAAUUUAACAGCUGCCAUUUGAUACAUUCUGUGCAUUAUCAUCUUAUAUGCGAGAACUGCUACACCAUGAUUUUAAAAUCAGGCAUCCUGCAAAAGGAAGCUCUUUUUGUUGUUCCCAGUAUGAAAUGUUUGUUGUGACAUAAUGUAACCCUCAGAGUUAGACGAUUGUUUUUAUUUUGUAUUCCUGUGUGUGUGUGUGUGUGUGUGUGUGUGUGUGUGUGUGUGUGUGUGUGUGUGUAAAGUACGGAAAGUAUUAUUACAAGAGUUAUCUUGCUUCACAUUUUCUGAAGAAAAUGAUCUGUGAGAUUAUUGAUUUUAAAUGUUGCUGAAUGACCUAAUUCUCAUUCCAUUAGUGCUAGUACUAUCCUUUCCUGUUUUCGUCUUUGUCCUAAUAUCUGUCUCUAUUUUAAAUUAUUUAUUUAUUUAUCCAUGUGCCCAACCUAUGCCUCUGUGAUAUGGAUGUUCUUGUAUUAUAAAUCUUGUAAUUCAAUAUUGACUGAUCAGUUAUGUACAAAAACUAAGUCUAUAUGAAAAGUUUUCAUAUGCUUUAUAGCAUGGUUUUAAGACGUCUAUAAUAUGAUUUUCACUGAAACUAAAAACAGAAAACAUGAGUUCGAGACUAAAUUGAUGUUGUGAUUACUAUAGGCAAUUAAUCAGUCAAUAAACAUGAAGAUGGAGA